AUGGACCAUAUACGAAUGAAAAUUAUGGAUGUGGUUGGUAUACAAGAUGUCAGUAGCGCAAAUAUGGUAAAACAGAAGGCAAGAGAUCUGAUGGACGACAUGGAGCGAGUGGCACGGCAGUGCGACAAACGUCGUAUGACAUUGCAGCAGAUCGCCGAACAAAGCCGAGUCUGGGGUCAGGCACGAGACGCUGUAGAAUUGUGGAUGCAAGAGGCCGACGAAGUGUUAGGCCAUAAACGUUCCGAAGAGACGACGGAUGAGGCAGUACAAGAGGAGCUGAAGGCCAUAGAGGGCAUCAUUGGAGAGCUCGACGAGAAAAAAGCCGCAAUCAAGGACGUAAAUGCCAAG